AUGGUCAAGUCAUAUCUAAAAUACGAGCACUCCAAGUCCUUCGGUAUCGUAACCUCGACCACCUCGAACCUCGUCUGGUCGGCCAAAGAACGGUCCGGGACCGGCGCGGGACAGGCCUACGUUGCCGCAAACGAGGAAGUGCUAUGCUGGGACAUCAAGAAGGGCGAACUGCUCAGCAGGUGGCGCGAUGAGAGGUGCCGCGCGCAGGUCACUGCCAUCGCGCAGAGCCAGGUCGACAAGGACGUCUUUGCGGUCGGGUACGACGACGGCAGCAUAAGGCUGUGGGAUAGCAAGAUCUCGACGGCCAUUGUCAGCUUCAACGGCCACCGCUCUGCCAUUACUGUCCUGGCCUUUGACAGGUCCGGCGUGCGCCUGGCCAGCGGCUCCAAGGACACCGAUGUCAUCGUCUGGGAUCUCGUCGCCGAGACGGGCCAGUUCAAGCUCCGAGGCCACAAGGACCAGGUGACGGGUCUCGAGUUCGUCGAGCCGCAGCCCGAGGUCACCGACGAGGAGUCGGCGCAGGCCAUGGUGGUGGACGGAGAUGCUUCCGCCGAGGGGUUCCUGCUCACGACGGGCAAGGACUCGUUGAUCAAGCUCUGGGACCUGUCGUCGAAGCACUGCAUCGAGACGCACGUCUCCCAAACCAAUGGAGAGUGCUGGGCUCUGGGUGUAUCACCAGACGCCAGCGGCUGCAUCACCGCCGGCAAUGGCGGAGAGCUCAGAGUGUGGUCACUAGACACUGCUGGCCUUCUGGCCUCUACGCAAAAGGUCGACGUCGCACAGCAGACCCACUUCCUGGAGGCGAGAGGUACGCUGCACAGGCAGGGCAAAGACAGGACGGUCGAGGUCAUCUUCCACCCUCGCCUGGAUUACUUUGCCGUGCACGGCGUGGAAAAGUCUGUCGAAGUGUGGCGGAUGCGGACAGAGGCCGAGAUCAAGAAGGCUCUUGCCAGGAAGAGGAGAAGGAGAAGAGAGAAGAACGCCUCCAAAGAUGCCAAGGCGAACGGGGACUCCGAGAUGCUCGAUGGCGAGGAGAAGGAGGACGACGUGUCGCAAGCCGACAUCUCUGAUGUCUUUGCACAGCACGUCAUCGUUAGGACCACUGGCAAGGUCCGGUCUGUAGACUGGGCGCUGGCUCACGGCAACAAAGAGCUCCAGCUGCUUGUCGGCACCACCAACAACCAGCUUGAGCUCUACCAUAUCACCACAAAGGACAAGGUUGCGAAGGCGAGAAAAGAGGACACUCCUGACUACUCAAGGGCGUUAGGGGUGGAGCUGCCUGGUCACCGGGCAGACAUCCGGGCGCUGGCCCUCAGCUCGGAUGACCGCAUGCUUGCCUCGGCCGCGAACGGCAGCUUGAAGAUCUGGAACGUCCGGACGCAAGCCUGCAUCAGGACGUUCGAGUGCGGCUACGCGUUGUGCUGCGCAUUCCUUCCGGGCGACAAGGUAGUUGUUGUCGGAACCAAGAGCGGCGAGCUCGAGUUGUUUGACGUGGCAUCUGCCGCGCUGCUGGAGAGCGUCACCGCUCAUGAGGGAGCCAUCUGGUCCCUGCAGGUGCACCCGGAUGGUCGGUCUGUCGUGACUGGCAGUGCCGACAUGACGGCCAAGUUUUGGGACUUUAAGAUCGUUCAAGAGGCAGUUCUUGGGACGACGAGGACAACACCCAAAUUGAAGCUUGUCCAGACCAAGAUCCUCAAGGUCGCAGACGAUAUCCUCAGCUUGAAGUUCUCGCCGGAUGCCAAGCUUCUGGCUGUCUCGUUGCUCGACAGCACGGUCAAGGUGUUCUUUACGGACUCGCUGAAGCUCUACCUGAAUCUCUACGGACACAAGCUUCCGGUCCUGAGCAUGGACAUCUCCUACGACAGCAAGCUCAUCAUCACCAGCUCGGCAGACAAGAAUGUCAAGAUCUGGGGCUUGGACUUUGGCGACUGCCACAAGUCGCUCUUUGCCCACCAAGACAGUAUUCUUCAGGUCGGGUUCGUCACCCACAACAGCGAAGGUAAUGGCCAUCACUUCUUCAGCGCCAGCAAGGACAAGUCUAUCAAGUACUGGGACGGCGACAAGUUUGAGCAGAUCCAGCGCCUAGACGGUCACCACGGUGAGAUCUGGGCGCUCGCUAUGAGCCAUAGCGGUACUUUCUUUGUCAGUGCCAGCCACGACAAGAGCAUCCGGGUCUGGGAGGAGACGGAUGAGCAGAUCUUCCUCGAGGAAGAGAGGGAGAAGGAAAUCGAGGAGCUGUACGAAAGUACCCUCACCACAUCACUGGAGCAGGAUCCAGAUGAGGCAGACGAGAACGGAGAGAUCGGAGCUGCCAGCAAACAGACGGUAGAGACCUUGAUGGCCGGAGAAAGGAUCGUCGAGGCUCUCGAGUUGGGCAUCGCCGACCUCAACGUCGUCAAGGAGUGGGAGGAGGCCAAGCUGACGCAGCCCAACAUCGCCCCGCCGCAGCGCAACCCGCUGUUCAUGGCGCUGGGCAACAUCAGCGCCGAGCAGCACGUGCUGAACGUGCUGCAGAAGAUCAAGGCCUCGGCGCUGCACGACGCGCUGCUGGUGCUGCCGUUCGCCUCGGUGCCCAUGCUCUUCACCUUCCUCAACAUCUUUGCGCUGCGGUCCAUGAACGUGCCGCUGACGUGCCGCAUCCUCUUCUUCAUGCUCAAGACGCACCACCGGCAGGUCGUGGCGAGCAAGACGAUGCGCGGGAUGCUCGACGGCAUCCGGACGAACCUGCGGGCGGCGCUGAAGCGGCAGAAGGACGAGAUGGGGUUCAACAUCGCGGCGCUCAAGAUUGUGGGCAUGCAGGUCGCGGACCAGAGCAUCAGGGACUACAUUGACGAUGCGGAGGCGCAGGGGGCGGAGAGGGAGGACCGCCUCGUGAAGAAGAGGGCGUUUGUGCAGGUCUCCAGCGACGAAAUCCACAUCUACGCGGAGCUGCUCCCGAACCUGCGCCAGCUGUCCCUGGCCGUGACCUUGCCCUCUCCCGCGGACGGCUCUACCCAGGCGGGCCUGUUGCUCGGCGAUGCCGAUAGCGACAGCAAGGCUCGCCUGCGCGUCACGCACGGCGACGCGGCCCGUGAGAUCGCCCUGCCGGGCAGGCCGUCGCAGCUGGCGCGCCUGUCGCCGCCGCAGAAGGGCAGUCUGUCCCUGGCGUGGCGCGUGCCCCUGGCGCAGCAAGGACGCGGCGCCGGCACCCCCGCUCGUGGUGGUAACAGUAAUGAUGCGGCGGCGCCGUGGUCGGCGCCGGAGCUGGUGCCGGGUGGCGCGUACUCCCAGACCACCUUUGAAGAAGGGUCAACGGAAAGAUCGCAGCUCUCGAGGCAGCCUGACGGCGUGCGCAACCUCAGCGUGUUCUGCUCGUCGUGCCAGACACAGCUAGGCCACUUCAGCUUCCGGACGAUGGGCAUCACCCUGUUCAAGUGGCGGGUCGACGUCGAGACCAGCUCUACGGUGUCUACGGCCACCCCAGCGGCUUCGCCUACUAUCGCUCACUCUCUGUCGGCAAACCUCGUCGCUAUGCUGGCGCGGUCUGGGUCGUCCAAAUCGUUGAUCAUGCCUCUGACCUCGGAUGGCUCGGCCGCUGCCGGCCCAGAAGCAAAGGCGCUGCACGUGUGGAUCCUCAACGCCAACAUCGUCUACGCUUCCUCCUCGCGCAGCGGGUCCGUCCCGGCCGUCAAGCUGCUCUACCAGCUCGUCAGCGUCGAGCAGGCGGACAAGAUGCUGGAGAGCCUGAACUCGGACGUCCAGGAGGUCAGCCUGCCCGAGGACGCGGUGCGGGAGGUCAUUGCCGGGCUGGAUGCGAGUAAUUGCUUGCUACCGGCCAAGGAGAGGCCCUGGCAACAAAAGGACAAGGAUGGCGUCAUCACACUGAGAAGGCGCCGCACUGCAGGUGGUGCUGGUAAUAGUCAGUUAGAGAUCCUGCAGUCUCUCUUUAAUAGAGAAUCUGCUUACGCUGAACUCGUUGUCAUCGUUCAAGUACCUCCUACCUGGCUUGAGCCCAUAAAUGGUAGCCCAGAUUGCCCUGUCACCUCAUACCUAGGUUAA